CUCAGUUUUAGGUUAUUGUUUUAUUAUCCCCUUAAGCUUCACUCUUUUCUUCUCUCACUCUCUCUUUUCUUCUUCAUCAUUCAUCUUCCUUCUUCUUCUUCUUCAAGUAAGGUUUUACUAAUACAAAAGAAGUAAGAAGAUGAUGUUAGGGAAGAGACCUCGUCCACCAAUGAAAAGAACAACAAGUAUGUCAGAAAUAACCUUCGAUCUGAACACAGUAACAACAGAAGAAGAUCCCAAUAACAACAACAACCUUUUCAACCGUCAUGGACCUGGUGUUGGUCCGUACGGUCCAUAUCCACCAACUUCUCCUGGAAUCAACGGUUCAGAUCAGAGCAGGGUUAUGUCCAUGGUAUCACCUAGAAACCUUAGAAGAAAUUCAGCUGAUAUGACUCACAACCCUGAUUUCUUACGCUCUUGCUUUCUCUGUAAACGUCGUUUGGUACCUGGUCGUGACAUCUACAUGUACAAAGGAGAUAGUGCUUUCUGCAGUCUAGAGUGUCGUCAACAGCAGAUGAAUCAAGAUGAGAAGAAAGAUAAGUGUUCUGUGGUAUCAAAGAAACAAGUUGUGGUUGCAGCUGGGUCUAAAGUGGUUGCCACAAAUUUGUAGCAUAUGAUAUAUCCAAACAAGGAUAAAUUGAUGGCAUGCAAUAUUAAUUAGCCAUAUGUCCCUGGGUAAAUUAUUAUUAUUUAAAUAUGUUAAUUAAAUAUUUAUAUAUACCUAGCUCCCUCUUUUUUCUCUAUGAACUCUUGGAUUUUUUUUUUUCUUUUGGUUCUGGCUUUGUAAUUUUUAUCUUGGCUACAGUGGUUAUCCACUUCUUUGAUUCUUAUUAGGCCAGUAAUUUUGAAGCAACUGUUGUAUUUUCCCUUGGAUUUUGAGUCAUCAUAAUGUGUAAAAAGAAAAAAAAUAUAUUAAGAGAGAAAAUGCAUUCUCAUAUCUUAGCAAUUUUCAAUGGUGGAUUAAUUGUA